AUGACCUGCACAUUCAUACAAAAAAAAAUCCAAGUCAAUACAAGCAAUCAUACCAAAAUACCCCCAUUCCCACCGCUACCCUCAUUUCACACAGUAUCACAAAAAAAAGCUGCCUCCUCCUCGACAUCAGACAAUAAUAGCUCAUUCAGAGGAGAUGAAGACGAGCAUGUGGAACUGCAAGCUCACUUUUCAGAUUCUCAAUCUACUGGAAAAUCCUCUAAGUCAAAUGUAAAUAGUUCUUCCAUGAAAGAUAAAUCUUAUUUACCUCACUAUGAUUCAUUGAGCACUGUGGUUGAAAAUGUACAAUCAGAACCUAUUUUAUUCUCAACUACUAAAUAUCAUGAAGCAGAGAUUGAAGGCUUGCCAUCCAACCAGCUUCCAGAAAUUGUUGAGUUUCAAAAUACAGAUAAUAGAAAGUUUGUCAUGUGUGAUGAUGCCCAUGUUCACGAAGAAGUGGUUUCUGACUCUCGGCAAACAAAUUCUGAGCUGUUGACUUCAGGAAAGAUGUUGUGUUCUGAUCUUGAACCUACCAAACCAGUGACGCUACCUGCAGUGAUUCAGUCAGAUGAAAGUGUUUCUGACAAUGUUGAGCUUAAUAGAUUAGGAAAUGGUGCAGACAGAUCAGGUCUUGUUGAAUCUUUUGCUUCCAAACCUUCUUCUCCCUCCCUUAUAAAAGAUGAUACGGUCCCUGUGUACUCUUCUGACAAAAUUUCAUCGGACAACUUGGUUGAUGAUUCCCUUUGUAAUGAUUCACAAGAAGGUUCCCUUUGUCCAUCCAUCAAAGAAUUAGGCUUGAAUUUAGGUGAUGAAAUAAAUGGAUUCAAGAGCAGUGUUGAUCCAGUUGAAGGUGAUGGUCAUAUUGAAAAUCCUUCUUCUUAUAAUCAUGUGAUGGUAAAUGGUGCGAUCACUGAGUCAAAAGAUCAACCCAUUCCUUCUGUUGAUAGUGUUGAAAAUGAUGCGGGUAUCAUUACUUGUCCAGCUUCAAGUAUGAUUAGUUCUCCUUCAAGAAGCCUUUCAAAUCCGCGAGAACUAGUCCACGCUUCUUCAGACUCUUAUCCAAUGGAAUCCAAUGAAGUGGAAUUGACUCAAAUUUCAUCGGACUCAAAUACAGAGAGUCAAUUGGCACCAUUGCCAGAUACAACUAAUAUUUUAUAUUCUCCAAUGAGUAAUCUCACAAAAUUAGAAGAAUCUGUUUCUGCUUUUGCAGAUCUAAAUGAGAAAGAGACAGAAGACCAUGAGGUAGUUGCUAGAGAAUCUUUGACAGCACUAGAGGGACAGAAGGCAGCGGGUCAUCCAAAACUUGUUUCUUCAGAUGUACAAAUGAACCUCAACAAAUUGGUGCCUUGUGAUGAUCUUCCAGAUUUGGGAAAUAAUAUUGAAAAAUCUCCUCCUAGGAAGAAAAUCCUACAGAGUGUUUUCCAGGAUGAUGCAAAAGUGGUGCCUGGAUUUUCUGGGUUUGACACCCGGCAGUCAGAAUCUACUAGUUAUGGCCAGAAUGAUCUUAUACAGAAUGACACAAAUAGUUUUUCAUCUACACCUGAUAACAAGUUGGAGUUUGAAACUUAUUUUGAGCCACACUUACAAUGUCAACUUGAUGAACAGGAUGGAGAGUUUCCACUCAAUUACGAGGAAAACUUUGGCUCUGAGAAAUCUCAAUCUCAACAGAUGCAUAUAAAUCAAAUGAAGCAAGAAGGCACUCAUGCUACUUCUGAAUCUGUCUCAGAAACCCCUGCAGAUGAAUCACCGUCAUUUUGUUCUUCACCACAAUCAUCUGGCCCGGAAAUUAACCCUACACAAUAUGUCACAGAUCCGUUGAAGCCUCUUCUCCCUGACCACUUUCCUAAGGAAACUGAAAACAAACUUGAUGGGAUGCCACCUAUGCCUCCUUUACCUCCUAUGCAAUGGAGAAUGAGCAAGGUUCCACAUGCUUCCCUAGAUUCAAACAGAGAGGAGUUAGAAGUGGAUCCGUCUCCAGUUCAACGAAUGCAGCUAGUUAUGCCCGAUACGAAGUCUCAAUUUGGUUUUACAGCUUCUGAUGGAAAUACCCUAUUUCAUCAGAAUCCAUUUUUGCCAAUCAUGGCUUUGGAAAGUGAUAAGCUCCAACAUUCUUCUGCCGUAAGUGUUUCAGGGUAUCCAAUUGCUUUACCUAUUCAGUUUCCUAUUGUGGUUAAUGAAGCAAAUGGUCAGUAUGGUCAGUAUAAUUACCUAGUGCUGGACGUAAACCAGAUUCAGAACCCCGUAUUAACGCUGCCCGUGGUACCUGCGAGCAUGCAUCCACCACUUGGUUACAUUGUUGCUUCUGAUGGAGAAAUGGUACAUACUUCAAAUCCUUACGCACCAAUACUACCUGUUGUUUAUACUGCAUCUAGACAUGAUUCCUCAUCUCCACAAGUGGAACCAUUUCAGCGUCCAACUCAAGUAAUGACAGAGAGCAGUGCAGAUGAUAAAACCCAAGAGCAACCUUCAUCUGAAAUGGAGCUGAAGCAACAAGGACCUGUCGUGGAACAGAUACAAAAUGUUGCCUCACAAGUAAUCCUACUUAAAAUGUUAGAUUGUAAGAGAUAUUUUUAG